AUGGCCGACGAAGACAAAGCGAAGGCUGAAAAGCUUGCGGCGGCGAAGAAACGAUUCGAGCAGUUGAAGAAGGAACAGGCAAAGAAGGGGAAGAAAGCUGGAACAAAGAAGCAGGACGAGAAGUCUGCAGAGUCGGGGACCAAGGUCGAAGAUGCAGCAGAGUCACAUGCCACAGCAGAGCCAAGUGAAAGGGCUGCGGUGGAGGAGGAGAAGCAGGAGGAUGAAAGUGCCGUAGACGGACAGGAGAGUGCUCGCCCGCUGCCCGAGAGGCAGCCGUCUUUGUCUCAGCAGUCAAAACAGCGAUCAGAAUCCUUCAGACAGGGUGCAGUCGGCGUUUUGUCACCCGUGUCUACGGAUCCUGCCUCUGGAACCGGUCCGAUAAAUGCCGGUAUGGAGGUUCAAGAAUUGUAUAAGAAGCAAACUGCUCGUAUUGAGGAGCUUGAGAAGGAGAAUGACGCGUUCAAGGAGCAGCAAACAGAAGGUGCUGCGCGGUUGGCAAAGGCAGAGGAGGAGUUGGAGAGUCUGCGAGAAGGCAGCAGCGAUAUGGCCGAGCUUAGAAGCAAAGCCAAAGAGGCUGACCGACUAAGCGUAGAGCUGGCUGCUGCACAAAGGCAGCUGGCUCAAGCGCAGCAGGCCGCGAAAAGUAACAACCGCAGGAUCUCCGGCGCCGGUCCAGACCUAACCCAGGAACUUGCGAGCAAGACGUCGACCAUUGAGUCUCUAGAGAUGGCGCUGAGUGUGCUAAGACAUCAAAUGAACGGACUCCAGGCCAGUAUGUCGGAGCGAGACGUGUCAGUCAAGGAGAUCGAGGAACGGGCCAAGGCAGCAGAGACCGCCACAGCAUCGUAUAGACAGGAGCUUGAUCAAUUGAAAGUAGCCAUGGCCUUUCCGAGCGAGGAGACCCAGGCUGCGAAUGAGGAUCCUGAGCAGCUCACCAAGCGCAUCACUGUCCUCGAGUCCGACCUGCGUACUGCCAAUUCGAACCUUGAGGCUGCCGAGCACCGAGCAAAAAGCCUUGAGCAGAAAGUCGAGGCUUUAACGAAGCUGCAUCGCGAUGCUACUACCGCCAAUGUGACGAAGGAAAAAGAACUUGCUGACCUCCGGCAACAGCUGAAACGGCGCGAUCGUCCUUCCCAUGUACGUGAGGUUGGUGAGUUCGAACUUGGCGACGACGAAACAGAGACUGGAGCUUUGCACGCUCGCAUUCGCGGUUUGGAAGCUGAGAACUUCGAUCUGCGGCGCGGCGUGUGGCGUGACAAGCGAGCAGAAAUGCAGCCAGGUAUGAAUGACUAUAUGGGCGCCGGGGGGUCUCCCGAGUACGAAGAUGUUGAUCUUAAUGCCGGACCGUACAGUCCGCGGCUUCGUGGUCCCAACGGCAGCAUUCCUAGGCAGAGCAGUACUUUCCAGGAUGUUAUUACAUCUGGUAUUAGCGCUUUUACCGGCAGGCCGAGAGAGCCUCCUGCUAGAGCAGCUCAUGCAGCAAGCCCGCAACAGCGCAACAGGGCACCGAGUCUUGGUCUGCUAAGCGAUGAGGGUGGCUUUGAUGAAGAAGCGUUCCGGCUGGCGCAGGAAGAGGAGGGCAAGCGGCGCGUUGAGCGCGUCAAGGAGGUCAAGCGUGGGCUUGACAAGUGGAAGGGUUGGCGUGUCGAUCUUGUCGAGCUUAGGCAGCAAGGUCAGGUUGGCGGUCGCGAAGUCGGGCCUGUGUUCGAGGUCUGAGGUAGAUCUUCCGGUCUCGCAAGGUCUGUCCGAACCAGGAAGGAGCGCUUACCGGUCAUACCAAAAGCUGAAUCGGUCUCGCGCACUCCCUCUAGGGAGGAGCGCGUGAUACAUGCAGUGAAAAUGUCCGCCGUACGAUGCCAGGCUACAGUCAAAGUCCACCACAUCGCAUCUAUCAACGAGCGGGUAGUCCUGCGUCGACUGCACAUCCUUCCCAGCUAUCACUCGGCGCUUAUGGCCACAUAGCGCUACCUACCAAGGAGCAACGCAAUCGCGUGCACCAGUACCGGUCUGCAGAGCUACUCCGCUGGGACGCUCUGUUACUACUCGAUUCACUGUUUUCGCCAACGUUCUUUCCUCUUUUGA